CGGAAGUGUAUAGUGAGUAUGCGCGAUUGAAGCGUUCUCGGCAACGAAAUUUGACAGGUGCUUGUUUUCAUGAAAUAUCAACAAUUUCACUACAAAUAAAUUGGUUUUCACUUAAAAAUCAACAUGUUUCGGAAAGAAAAACCAAUUUCCAUCAAGGGAAGCACGUCAUCUUUGUGCAACAAUCUGUCCGUUAUGACAAAUGCUGAAAAAGGUCUGUUGAGUUACGCAGUGGUGCACAAAUCGAUUGUGAACAUUAUCCAGGCCUCAACUGAUGGAUCAAGUGUGACAGGAAAACAGCUAGUUUAUAAAGAACCUACAACUUCUCAUGGCAAUCCAUUUGUCUUUCAGGCUAAAUGGAUAGAGUUACCUCAGAGAACAGUUUUAGUUUUAACAUCACAAAGGGGCAUACAGAUUUUUGAUGGUGAUGGAUCAACCAUGAUAUAUUGGCAUGCUUUAAGUGAUGAACCAGAUAGAAGUUGUUUUGGUCGAGGUAUAACAGACAUGGGUGAUAAUUUAAUAUGUAUAGGGACCGAAGGAGGCCAUAUUCUCAUAUUUAACAUUCCACCAAAAGGUACUAAUGUCUGUCUAUUAGAUGUUUUAAAAGGAUCUCAUCCAUGUGCUAUCUGUGAUUUAGCCAGUGAGAAGAAUAUAUUAGUCAGCAGUGAUGAUCAGGGUAAUAUAGCUGUCUGGAAAUUUUUAGGUCAACAAUUUCAUUUGGUUCACAAAAUAGCUGGUGGAGGAGCCCCAUGUACUAGUGUAUCUAUAUGGAAAGAUGUUGUGGUAGGAGCCUAUGGUACUGGUCAUAUUAGAGUAUAUGAUGCUACAUCAGGCAGGAUUGGAGCUGAAGUUACUGCCCAUGCUAGAUGUAUAAAUAGUUUACAUGUUGCUAAAAAAUCUGGUCUUUUACUUUCAGUUAGUGAUGAUUCAUUUUUUAGAAUUUGGCAAUUAAAAGAAGGCAGUUUACCUCAGAUUCAACAUAAAUAUCAAGAAAUAGUUGAAGAUUUACAGCUAGUUGGAGGUAGUUUUGUUGAUAGUCAAGGGAGAGCACUCUGUUUAACUGGUUAUGAUAAUAGUGAAAUUCAUUUUUAUGUACAAAACUAGCUGUAUUUAUUGUUUUUAGUUUUUUAUUCAUUUCAUGUAUUUGUUUAUCUAUUGGAUGUGCCAUUUCUUAGUAAAAGAUCUUGACUCACUCAAAGGGACAGGUGCGCCCUUCUGGGGGAGGGGGGUUAAUUUUUGAAUAUAUGUAAAUAGUUUCAGAAGUUAUAGAAAUGUACGAAAUUUGAUAAAUUCCUUUUAAAA